ACAUACAUACAUUUUUUUCUUUUUGUGUCAUUGUGCGUUCCAAAAGCAAAAUCACAUUUUUGCGAUGCAUUUGCAUUGCAAAUUAUAGAACAAAAAUGAGGUGUUUUUGUGUGGCGAAAAGGCAAUAACAACAAUGAUAACAAUGAAUUGAUGUAUAUAAGUUGCAUAACGUACGUUCGUCGUCGGGCUCCGUCUAUGUAUAUGUCCCUCGUUGAGCAGUCGCAAUUUCCAGAAAACACAUAUACACUCGUGCACACACAUAUACACACUCACAUACACACACACACAUGCUCGUAAAACGCCAUCAAAACAGCAGAAAAAACAGAAAAGCAGUUUUCGAAUGGCGUAAAAAGUGUGAAAAAGCAAAACAAAUCGAAAUCAAGUGUGCGUUUUGCUUUAACUUUCAUAGCAAAUGUGUUGUGACAGCCACAAAAGACGCGCAGCAUUAGCAGCAGCAGCAGCAGUAGCAGCCGUAGCAGCAGCGCAGCGAGCGUCAGUCACCUUUCCCUCCUACAGUAGUAGUAUAUUACCAAUACAAGCGCAUCUGGCACAGCCGACAAAGAAAAAAGAGACUCUGCUUGUGCCUCUGCUGGGUUUUCUUCUUCUUAUUAAUCGUACAGUUCCUACGUCGACGACAACAACAUUUGACUCAGCUGCCAAGCCGAAACAACUACAGAAGAAAUCAAAUCGAAUUGCUAUAAAACUGUGCGUUCUCUUGCAUGUGAAAUUAACAAAACAAGAAGAAGACGUUGUUAACGCGUGUGUGGGUAUUCGUACGCGAGAGCCAUGAGUCUACUGGCAACGCCCGCGGGCGCACCAAGCAACGCUGCUGCGUCAGCCUCGACCUCAGCCGCAUCCGCUCUCUCAACCUCAACGGGCAAUAACAAUCUGCCCUUUGAAAAGGACAAGAUCUGGUACUUCACCAAUGAGCAGCUGAGCAAUUCGCCCAGUCGUCGAUGCGGCAUCAAGAGCGACGAUGAGUUGCACUACAGACAGAUGACCGCCUAUCUGAUACAGGAGAUGGGUCAGCGUCUGCAGGUGUCGCAGCUAUGCAUCAAUACUGCAAUCGUUUAUAUGCAUCGCUUCUAUGCGUUCCAUUCAUUCACACAUUUCCAUCGCAAUUCCAUGGCAUCGGCCAGCCUGUUUCUGGCCGCCAAGGUGGAGGAGCAGCCGCGCAAGCUGGAGCAUGUGAUAAGGGCGGCCAACAAGUGCCUACCACAGACAACCGAACAGACCUAUGCAGAUCUCGCUCAGGAGCUCGUCUUCAAUGAGAACGUACUGCUGCAGACGCUCGGCUUCAAUGUGGCCAUCGAUCACCCGCAUACCCAUGUGGUGCGCACCUGCCAGCUGGUCAAAGCAUGCAAGGAUCUGGCGCAAACCUCCUACUUCUUGGCCUCAAACAGCCUACAUCUGACCUCGAUGUGCCUGCAAUAUCGACCCACUGUGGUCGCCUGCUUCUGCAUUUAUUUGGCCUGCAAAUGGUCGCGCUGGGAGAUACCGCAGUCGACCGAGGGCAAGCACUGGUUCUACUAUGUGGACAAGAGCGUAUCGCUGGAGCUGCUCAAGCAGCUGACCGACGAGUUCAUAGCCAUUUACGAGAAGAGUCCCGCACGACUCAAAUCGAAGCUCAACUCAAUAAAGGCCAUUGCACAGGGCGCCAGCAAUCGUACGGCCACUGGCAGCAGCAAGGACAACAAGCCGAAGGAAGACUGGAAGCUGAGCGAGAUGAUGAAGGGCUAUCACUCGAAUAUCACAGCACCGCCAGAGCUGAUGAAUGGCAACGAUAGUCGUGAUUCAUCGCAAUCGGCGCUGCUGCCACCACCGGCCAUGGUGCCAUCGCAGCAGCGACGCAGCGAUGGCAGUCAUCAGCGGUCGUCGUCGGUGGGCGGUGCCCCAGGUAAUUCGUCCUCUACUACCUCCUCGUCUUCAUCGAAUCACAAGUUGCCAAAUUAUCCAGGCGCACUGCCGCCCGAGGCACAUGGAGAUCACAAAUCGAAGCAACCCGGCUACAGCAGUCGUGCGCCCUCUGGUCAUCAGUCGAGCUCGUCGUCGUCGGCGCAGCGCAGCAGCAGCAGCAGCAACACCUCCACAAACAGCAGCCAACGCAGCUCCUCGAGUCAGCCAUCUGGUCGACCACCCAUGCCCAUGGACUAUCACAAAUCAUCGCGUGGCAUGCCACCCGUUGGCAUGCAGACGCAUGGUGGUCACAAGAUGUCCACAAGUUCCAAACCCCAGCAGCCACCGCCUCCGCUCCUAGACAGUCGUGGCAACACCAGCAGCAGCAACAGUUCAUCAUCCGCCUCCAAUGCGUCAGCAGCAGCCAAAGAUGCCAGCAAGUCGUCGUCGUCGUCGGGCGGCAGCAGCAGCAACAGCAGCAAAAUGUAUCCUAAUGCGCCGCCGUCCUACAGCAGCAGUGGACCCAACAGUAAUCCGCUGAUGUCUCGUGGCGGCUACCCAGCGCCGCCUGCUGGCUAUGGCUCGCACGGCUCGCAUCGCAAUAAAUCCGUCUCGUCAUCAAGCUCAUCGUCAUCCGUCCACAGCAUGCCGCCUUACGAGCAGCAGCUGCCCUAUGGCCAGAGCCAGGCAGUGCCCAGCUACAAUCAUAUGCCGCAGCAGCAGCAGCAGCAGCAGUCGCAGUCGCAGCCUCCGCUGGAGUCGCAACAGCUCGGCAAGAACAAUUCUCUCUUCAGUCCGGAGUGGAGCGAGAUCAAGAAGGAGCCCCAAUUCAAUGGGCUGUUGCCACCGCCUCCGCCAGGACCUGGCCACGACAGCCUGGGCUAUAAACUGAACAAUCAUACGCGGGAUCGGGAUAGCCCCAAGAAGGAUCGUUUGACACCUACCAAAAAGGACAAGCAUCGCAACACGUUGCCACACGGCAGUGGAUCAUCGGGAAGUAGCAGCACCACCACCAGCACUAGUAGCAGCAGCAGCUCGACUAAGCCCAUGCUGCCGCCGCACAAGAAGAGCCACGGCGAGCUGCUGGCUAACGAUUCGAGUCGUGACAUGGGCAGCUUGAAGCGUGCCAAUGAAAUCUCUGGCAGUCAAUACGGCAUCAGCAAGCUGGACGAUCAUGAUGCGGGCAGCAUGCCGCGUGACAAAGUGCGCAAGCUGGACAACAGCAUUGGACUGCCGGGCUAUUCAAACUACUCUGAGGACACCAAGCAUGCUCCGCUGUCCAUGUCGAACGGUGGCAUUGAGACGACGCCUGAUUUGGUGCGCACACUGCUCAAGGAGAGCCUCUGCACAACAAAUGGCUCGCUGCUGAAACCUGAUGCAUUGACCAUGCCUGGCCUGAAGCCGCCGGCGGAACUGUUGGAACCGAUGCCGCCAACAACCCAACAGCAAAUUAAGAAGGAAUCGCUGAGUGCACCGACAAAUCUCUUGGGCAACAGCUUGGCAGCAGCGCCUGCCAUGGAAGUGGAUGCUUUGACCAAACUGGGCGAAGGCAAGGAUGUAGAGAGUGCUGGAAAGUCAGAGAAGAAGAAGAAGAAGGACAAACACAAACAUAAGGAGAAGGACAAGUCGAAGGACAAGCCCGAUAAGGAGGAGCGUAAGAAACACAAAAAGGACAAGCAGAAGGAGCGGAGCAGCAAGGACACGUCCAUGGACUCACUCAAGCUGGUCAUCAAGACCGCCGCCAAUCCCAAUGGCAGUCUGCAAGUGGGCGCCGCUGCACCGCUCAAACUGAAGAUCAGCAAGAACAAGGUGGAGCCCAACAACUAUUCUACCGGAGGUGGACUGAUGCCAAUGUCAUCAGCUUCUGGCUUUGGCAUUGCUCCGCCGGUGCAGGGGAUCACGACUACAGCUGGCCAGCCGAUGGGUGUCCCAGGCUAUGGCUAUACCUCAUCGAACAGCACCAACAGCAGCGCCAGCAGUGGAGGCGGUGGCAGCAGCGGCAAAAAGAAGCACAGCGACCGGGAUCGGGAUAAGGAAAGCAAGAAGAGCAAAACUCAAGACUAUGCCAAGUAUAAUGGAGUCUCUGGCGGCGUGGGUGGUGGCGUCUAUGCGCCUCUAGGCGGUGCUGGCGCCGCGUCCAAUUCGCAGGCCGCCGUUGCCAGUCUGCUUGGCCUGCCACCCAAUAUGACGACCGCGUCGUCGAAUGCCAAUUUGAGCUCCAAUGCUGCCGUCUCCUCCGCAUCCAUGGCGAUGGCGCCCGCAGGUGUGUCCACUGGCAUUGCCCCGACCGCUCUGCCCAUUUACAACAAGAAGUAGUCGUAGUCAAAGUAGUC